UACCACAGGAGCUGUGAGAUAAUAUGUUUGUUAUGUAAGGUAGACAUUUCUAUGUAAGGUAGACAUACAGCCAUUGUUUAUAAACAGAAGCUGAGUAAAGGAAGUCCCACAGCGACGAUAUGUCUUUCCUGAUGCAAAACUUCUUUUCCAACAAAGUUCAUCCAUUCAGUAGGCAACGUGACAGUCUAGCACUGGACGAAAGUCACGAGAAUAAUGUUGAUCUGAUCCGAGCUGUGCUGAGAGGCGAACUAAACGAAGUCUUGGACCUCCUUCAGAGUGGUGCUUUUGUUAACAUCACCAACCAUCACUGCCAAACUCCACUCAUGGCUGCGUCCAUGUACGACAGGCCGGACAUAGUGGACCUGCUGGUCAGAUAUGGUGCAGACGUUGAUCAGUUUGAUAGUGUGAGACAGACACCCAUCAUGUACGCCGCUCAAUCCGGACUUGCAUCUAUCGUCGCUCUCUUGUGUCGAUACGGAGCGAACAUCGACGCGACGGACAAAUACGGGAGAAACACUCUAAUAAUAGCAGUCGAAUAUGGUCAAGAAGAUGUGGUAAAGGUUUUGUUGAAGUACGGAGCCAACGCAAACACGAAAGGGAAAGACGGGCUAACUGCCUUGAUGGUAGCAUGCAUCAAUGGCUAUGAGGAUAUCGUAGAGUUGUUGUGUAUGUAUUGUCAUACUUUCAUCGACAUCGACACCGUAGACGACAAAGGUCAAAACGCUUUAAUGAUGACUUCCUAUCUUGGCCACACCAAAGUCGCGGAGAUCUUGUGUCACUACGGUGCUGACAUAGAAGCAGUCGACAAACACGGAUGGAGCUCUUUGAUGUUUGCAGCUCAGGUUAACAGCGUGAACGUCAUUCAGAUUCUUGCUUCCUAUAGCGCAAAGAUGAAUUUGACCAACAGGGACGGCAUGACUUGCCUGAUGAUCGCGGCUGAAAAAGGGCAUGCAGCAUCUGUCAGACUGCUAUAUCAGUUAGGAUGUAGAAUUGACUGUAUGGACAAGAGCGGAUACAACGCAAUGAUGCUCGCUUCUAGAGAAGGCCACCUAAGCGUUGUCGAACUUUUGUUCAGUUUCGGGGGAUCUUUAGAUAACUGUAAUAUUAAAGGGAAAACGAGUCUAAUGAUGGCUGCCAAGUUGGGAUAUGUUAACGUUGUCCAAUUUUUGUGCUACCGAGGUGGCCAGGUAAACCGAAACGAUAAAGCCAAAUGGUCAGCUGCUAUGUUUGCAGCGGACGAGGGGAACCUGGAAGUUCUCAAGGUGUUGCUGAAAUUUGGAGCAUCUUUAAGGUUAACCGAUAACAAUGGUAUGAAUUGCCUCUUGUUGGCGUCCCGCAACGGUCACAUUUCUGUUGUAGAAGAGCUUUGCCGCAUAGGCUGUGGAAAAAAAUGUUUAAGAAAAAUGCUGGAUAACAAAAUAUUCCCAAGGGAAAACCUUAAUGAUUCUCGGAAGAAAAACCAAUCUUUUUUUGACAUCGAUGCCUCAGAAGGUAAAGGGCGUACUGCUCUAAUGCUUGCAUCGAAGAGAGGAUUUCUGGAUGUCGCUGCAAUGCUUCUUCGGCACGGAGCUAACAUCGAUGCCACGGAUAUGAAAUCUAGAUCAAGUCUUAUGACUGCAAGUCGCCAUGGUCACUCCAAAAUGGUGAAAAUGCUUGUCGAAAACGGCGCUGCGGUCAACAGUGGUGACAGGAGAAUGAUGACAGCCUUGAUGCUCGCGUCAGAAAGAGGCCACCUGGUGGAGCUUUUGUGUAAGUUUAAGGCACAAGUCAACCAAGUGGACAAAGACGGCUGGAACGCUUUAAUGCUGGCCACAGCCAAAGGUCAUCUCGAUGUCGUCGAGCAUUUAUAUUCAAAGGGCAGUGCUGUAACCUUCGCCAAUGAGCCAGGCUUGAGCGCAUUGCAUGUCGCCUCAGCUACAGGACACUUUGAACUAGUGCACUACUUCAUACACAUCUGCUUCAAUGGUAAUUCGGAUAGCAAGUCUCAGAAAAAAACGAUCUUGCAUUCACACGUGGACGUCAAUGGGCGUGAUAUUUAUGGUAACACCGCCCUGAUGCUGGCACACAAAAAAGGGCACAGGGACAUUGCUGAUCUGCUGAUUAAAGCUGGGGCGCUGCCUAGUCAUAAGGAAGCUGGCCUAAUGUCUCCUGCCAUGUACAGAUCUACAAGCCCUUAUGAAAUUCUGGUAAAAGACAUUCCCAACGAAACAGGCAUUUUGUCGCUGAGAACGCCAACAAGGACUGAUGAAACAGACAUUUUGUCGUUGCGGAUUCCGAAUAAAACGGACGAAACAGAUGUCGACCUAAUAAGUUUAUCAUCAAUGAAUAUCAAUAAUGAUAAGUCUAGACUGGUCACAGUGACCCGACCCAAAAAGAACAAGUCAAGAGCACGGGCUGCCUGGAGUUGAGUUGAACUAUGACUGAUGUUCAUAAUAUUUGUAUGGGCUUUUGGAUUUAUUUGUAAAUUUGUAACGUACAUAUCGAUUUAUAGUCUUUAUAUUCGUAUGGGCAUUUGUAAUGAUUUGUACAUUGGUGAUGCAUCACAAGCCAAUCAAACUAGUAGAUUUUGGUCAUAUCUUAUGAGAACAUUAUCAGAUACGAUCAUUGUUUUUAUUGUUUCGAAGGCCUUGGUGCAGCUUUUGCCCCAAAUGAAUUUAACUUUAUCUUGUAGUAGGUUGUAGAGUGGUUGAGCCAUUUGUGCAAUAUUUUUGAGUCGCUGAUGCCUGAUGGUAAUAGUUAACCAUACCUAGAAAAGACCUCAGUUGUGACUUAUUGUUUGGAGUUCAUUUCUGCUAAUACUUUUUCAUUGGUUUUAUGUAAUCCUUCUUUUGAAAUUUUCAUUCCACAGAAAAUUUCAUCUUUGAAGAAAGCACAUUUUUCCAGAUUUGCCUUGAGACCUUAUUCCCUCAGUCGGCUGAGUACACUUCUUCAAUUCCUUAAUCAGACAAUUGAUAUUUUUUUGUAUCACUCAGGUCAGCGGGGCAAUGGACAAGGGACAGUACUACGAUUACACGCAAAUAUGACCAAUGUUAUGGUCAUGUGAUCGAAAGCCUGCGUGUACGAGUGACACAGUGUGUAGGAAAGCGGCAGUUCAAGACCGGAGAGCGUCGAGACCGGGACUGUUAGUCGGCCAUGAAGUCGGUCCUGGUUGAGUCCUCGGGUGUUGAUGUACAAAUCCAGAAAGAGAGACAGUAGAGUUUUGUACGGUGAUGUACAGAGUGACAUUUUAGUUGUUGGUGUGUUGAUGCGAAUUGUCUAGUAUUGGCUGUUAUCUACUUAUUCACUCAUUAUUAAAGUACCAGAUUAUUUGGAGCCUUGUUGUCAAGUUCUUGAUGUGUUGUGUUGUGUUUAGCAGUGUUUACAGAAGGCCUGAUUAGAAGAGAGAAACGUAACAAUAUUGUACAUUGUGUAACUUCGCUUCUCUUUUGCAUGCUUUUUCUUUCUAUAUGACCUUGUUUGCCACACUUGAAACAAGUGGCACUGCGAAAGAAGCAUCUUGCUCUUGUAUGAUUCGACUUGCCACAGGAGAGACACAUAGUUCUGGUGUCCCCUUUAUCUUCUUGUUUUGAUGGAGAUCUAGACAUAGAUCUAUUUCUACCAAGACUUAGAUCUUGAAUCUAGAUUUAGAUCUAAAUCUAGGUCUAGAUCUAGCUAGAUCUAUGUCUAGUUUGUAUUACAAAUGACAAUGGAGAUAUUAUUUUUUAUUUUGCGAGGGGAAUGUCUGGUCCAAGUAGACCUACAAGUCUUUCAAGUCAUUUCUAGCUAGCUCACUACCUAACUAAAAUAGGUCAAGAAUUAUUUUUUAGUGUUGCCAAUUUAUCUAAUUUUGUAAGAAGAAUAAAUCUUUUUUAGUUUCUCUUUAUUACAUAUAAUAUGUUAUUAAUUUCGAAUGUAUGAAUAAGGUUAAUAAUUAUUAUUUUAAAAAAUAUAACUGUACGCUAACGGAAUAUAUGGAGAUGCUGUGGAUGAGUGGUAAAGCUUUUGGAACCAGAUGUCCCGUGUUCGAAUCCUGGUGGAGACUCUAGGUAGACCACUUCGGGGGCCGAUUUUCAGUUUGUGUUUCCCCACAAACUGUCUUUGUAACCUUGUUGUUAUCUCAUAUUUUGAGUCACUACAUGUCGAAUGUAUUGCGCAUUUGUAGCUUUAUUUUUUUUUUAAAUUUCAUUUGUAGCAGAACUACUAGUGUAUUCACAUUGAUGGGUCCUAUUUUAUAUAUAGUGAGGUGUGCUUUUUUUAAACAUUGUACAGUAAUAUCACACAAUGAAUUAUUAUUACCAUAGAGGUAGGAUAUUAGCAAAUGUUUAAAAAAACUGUAUACAAAAUUAACUGAGAUUUAUAUAAUAACAUGUAGUCAAUUCAUUAAUGUGAACUCCUUGUAUUUAAUCUAGAGCUAAUCACUAAUUACUUUCAUUCGAACCAACAGGUAACAAAAGCCCUAUCUAGCCAUGAUUUCGUUAGAGUUGUAUAUGUCUCUUCAUGUGUUUCUCUUCAUGUUUCAAAUCUACUGACGGGCAGGAGUGUAAAAAACCUUUGUGAGUCUGUAGAAUGAGAUCUAAUAGCCUUGCACUGAUAUCCAAGAUACACCUCAAUAUGGUAGCAGAAUUAAAGUUUGUAACUGAAAUAUGCACAAA